AUGUUGCAAUUGACCAGACAAGCCUCAUUUCGCACACUAAGGGCUCCCUUCGUCUGCGCAUCAUGCCGUCUGCUUCUGGCCAGCGGCGCUGCCGUGAGGUUGCCCGCCGUCGCAGCUAGGCCCUGUCCAGCGAGCCGCCAAUUAUACUCGACUGAGCCUCAGCAACAAGCGCAGGCGUUGGCCACCUCACUUAACCCAGAACUUACUACGAGCCCUCCAGACCAACCAGAACAAUUAGCCUUCGUAGCUAAAAAUGCUAGCCAGACAAUACAGAAUGCCGACGUCAAGGACGCGCCGAGUCCAGCCAGCCCCACGUCAGAGUCUGACGGUACGGAAUCGCCGAAGUUGACAUGGAGGGAGAAGAAACAGCUUCGCUGGCAGGCCAGAGCCCAGAAAGAGAAUGAGAGGCUGGCGCUUCUUCAGGGUUUUUUGGCGAACAAAAAAGAAUUACCGGAUGAGGAAGAAUCCAAACUUUUACCAGUUCCCCCUGCGGAGAAGAAGCAACCAGAUCCAGAGCCGCUGUCGAAAUCUGCACGUAAAAAGCAAUUCAAAAAGGCCGUUAUGGCUCAAAUCAACUCUGGAAGAGAGCGAGCGAAAGCAAUCAAGGAGUCUCGGAGACGACGGAAAGAAAAAUUAAAACGGGAGAAGGAGAUAAAGCUCAAGGAGAAAGCUGAGCGAAUAGCUAAGGAGGGAGAGGCUGUACUUUUGGAGGAGCCGGAAAAAUGGGAGGGGAAACGAGCUUAUGAGAAGUGGGAGAAGUUGAUGAAAGCGAAAAAGGCAGAAGAGAGAGCAAAGCAGACCUCUACUGCCUCGCAGGUGGUGACAGCGGGCAUCUCAGAGAGUACACCUUCUGAGAAGAGCCAGGCUGCCGAGGAGAUCAAGUCGGCUGAAGGUGACAAGGAUGAAUCCCCCAUUCUCGCGGGCCAGCAAAUGAGCCCAGUCAAUAAAGAGAAAGCCGAGAAAGUUGAACUGGAUCAGGACACGCUCGCUCCGGCAGAGACGGCUGUUCAGGAGGGAAAGACCAAGAACAAAAAGAAGAAGAAGAAGAAGAAACAGUCAACUACGCAGAGCAACGAUGUUGACGCAUUAACAGCGGAACAAACAUCACAGGCGCCAGCUGCCUCAUCAUUUACAGAGGUACCAGCUGCUUCAUCAUUCACAAAGGCUCCAGCACCCGAAACUCCCCAGAAGUGCCUGCCACAGGUCUCAAAGGUGAAUUUAAUUGCUCCGCCAUCAGCUGAAGAGAAAGCAAAUCCCAACUUGAGCCUCAAAGAAUGGGAAAAAAAGCGCCGUGGCUUGGCGAUUGAGACUGUAGAUGCUGCACGCCUCAAGCUGGUCCCUGUUGUCAAGAAAGGGCAACCACCAGUGCCGGGUCUCUCCUAUGGCCUAGACCGCGUCCUGUUCAAUCCGGGGCCUUAUUGUCUCCAGGACCCUCAUUCCGGCGUCUACAAUUUCGACCCUUAUCUCGCCCGUAUCAUGCCUAUUUCUGAGUUCGACUUCAAGGCACUCAAGAAAUAUGUCACCUCAUCCAAGGACGAUAUUCUCAUCAAAACUGCGUCGGAACUUGAGAAGAAGUAUGCAGGAUCGACUUCGAGCAUGACAACCACACUAGCUCACUUCCACUACCUGCUUUCUGCGUGGCGCCCCAUUAACCCUUGCAUGAUGUCCCGGGACUUCAAGGUCGACUCAACCAGGUUCACUCGCAUCAACCGCGCUCCAGCUGCUACCUUCCUGCACUGGAAGGAUGGUACCUACGCCAUUGAUGCUGACAAGGAGUUCGACACGGCCAAUAUCCUCAGCAUGUUGGGCAAGUCUAUGGAAAAGCUUCUUACACUUCCUAAGAGGAAAUUCGAGCAGUAUCGCAGGUCGCGCUCUCACGAGCUGACGGACAAAGAGCGCGAUGGACCCGAGAGUUAUCAUUACACCACCAUGGGCGAUUUUCUGAUGCGGUCGCAGUUGGAUGCCUAUGACCACAGGCUUCCCGGUACGGGCAUGUUUGAUUUAAAAACCAGAGCCGUUGUUUCCAUCCGCAUGGAUGCCCAAGGUUACCAAAAAGGUGUCGGAUAUGAGAUUCGUCAACGCCAUGGCCAGUGGGAGUCAUUCGAGCGCGAGUAUUACGACAUGAUCCGGUCGGCCUUCCUUAAGUACUCCCUUCAAGUUCGGAUGGGCCGCAUGGAUGGCAUCUUUGUUGCCUACCACAACACUGAGCGAAUCUUUGGCUUUCAAUACAUUCCUCUCGCAGAGAUGGAUCUUUCUCUCCACGGUCAGAGGAACAAGGUUCUUGGCGACCGUGAGUUCCGUCUGAGUCUCCAUUUGUUGAACAAAGUUCUCGACAAGGCGACAGCAAAGUACCCUGGACGCACACUUCGGAUCCAUUUCGAGACCAGGGAGGCCACUGGUGCACCUUUCAUGUAUAUCUUCGCCAAGCCGGUCACGGACAAGGAGAUCGACGAGAUCCAGGGCGCCACUCAACGCGCGAUCGAGGAGUGGGAGCGUCGCAUCUUGGAGCCUGCUGCGGAGGGGGAGGAAGUUGUUGAGGAGAUCGUUGAGGAUGACUUCGAUGAGGAUCUUGAGGACGAGGACGAGGAAGACUAUGACGAUGCUGUAUCGAACGCCACACUUGACGCCGUCCAGAAGCUGUCCAACGAAAUGGCUCAAGGGGGCGAGGAUGAAGGGAAAAUGGGCCUUGACCCUUGGGAAGAUUUGCUGGAAAAGGUUGAAAGUGAAAUGGUUGAUGAGGAAAACGGUGUGGCCGUCGUUCGAGAUGCCAUACAAGAUGCUUUCCAGGAGAGCGGCCUUCUUCAAGAAGCCUCUCCCGAAGAGACGCAGCGCUACGUUGACGCAUUCCUUGACGCUCUUACUGGAAGGUCUUGGUCUGCUGGAUCGAAGAAAAACGAAACCGACGUCACUGCAAGCAGCGAGUCAACUGAAACGGACAUGACUCCCCAGUCGACUCAGUCAAGUCAGACUCCGUCAAAAGCAAGUGACACCAAGCAGGCCAACUUGACUGCAGUCAAAGCUGAUGCCGAAGAGACAUCCCUAAAAGAUCUCAUUGUCAAGCUGGCAACCCACGUCAAGAGUUCGUACUCCGCGUUCGAAUCCAACGAACAAAAGGAUAAGAACGCGCUGUUGGCUGAUCAAAAACUACGGGAUGUUUGGCAGAUCCUCUUCGAGUUGGUUGAGAAGCGCGGAGGACCCUGUGAUGAUCCCAACAAGAUCCUUGAAAAGGGCAGCCUUGCAUUUGAGUCUGUGGGCGAGGAAGCCGAGCGGGUUGUGGAGAAGGAUUCGGUACCCGAAUCUACGAUCACUGAAGUGAACCCCGAAUCCUCAGUGCAGACGCCAGUGCAGGAGACAUCUAGCAAGCAGAAUUCAGAAGAGGUCGAGGAGGAAGAAGAGCCUGAAGACGAUCCUGCUGCAGACACUAUAAUACCCGCUACUAAGGUCGAUGCACUAGGCGCCGAUGAGGAAGUCUAUGGCAUGAUGCUCUUGGUUCGCAACCGUGUUAACGGUAAAUAUGUUGAACGACCCGAGAACAUGACCAAGCAAGACCAGUGGAUUGUUGAGUACACGAUCGAAGAGAUUCCCGAACAACGUGCGCGCAACUUGUAUGUCAUGUGCCUGGCUCGUCGCAAGAAGCUUCGUUCUACGUCGGAAAAGGAGAAGGACAGCACGUGGUACAAGAUGUUCCAGGGCAAACUGCAGUACUACAGCCGUCGUGGUCGGGAUAGGCGCCAGCGCCUCAACGAGAAAAACCGGCUCAAACCCGUGUUCGUGUACGGCGAAAAGGUUGGGUACACCUGGCCGUCCGUCUUCGAAGACUCGCAGAAAGACGGGCGAAAACCGUAUAAGCCAUGGUCCACCAGGUGGGCUAAUAGGGAACGACGGAGAAUGGAGAAGGAAAAGGCCCAAGCCAGGUUGGCUGCGGCCGCUGAUGCUGAGGCUGGGAAGACUGCUGUUGAGACCACGCAGCAAAGCAAGGCUGCUGCAGAUGAUGCUGACGUUGCUUCUCAACCCUCAACAUCUCAAGUUGCACAGCCUGUGGAGUCUGCAAAGCUUACAAAAGCGGAGAAGAGGCACGAGACAAAAAAGGAGAAGAAAGAGAAGCAAAUGACAUUGGCACAGGCAAUGCAGUCACUCGCGGACAAGGUACAACAUGCCAAAAAGGGGGAACUGAAAACAGGAGAAGCAGCUACGAAAGCUGCGGAACAGGCAGAGGAGCAGAACGGUGACAACAAGGUUGCUGAGUAG